AAUUAAUUGAAGAAUGCGAGGAACAUUUGCAACCAUUCAUAAAAAAUGGAUAAAUGGGGAUCAAGUAGUUUACAAGACAUAUAGUAAAUUGCAUGGGAAGCUCGUUCUUCAACAUUUGAAAAGGGAAUUAAUGGCAUUGAAACAAUUUGAUAUUCAGAGUGAAAAAGAUUCAAGACAACAUCAUAUUAUUUAUUUUAUGGGACACCUUGACACAGCAGAAGCUCACCACUUGAUAUUCCCAUUAUACAAGCAAGACCUACAGUCUCUCUUGAACAAUCAAAAAAAGAAUUCAAAAGAAUUAGCCAAUGCAUUUUUGUAUCAAAUAUCAGAGGGACUCGAAUAUAUGCAUCAACAUGACAUUAUUCAUUGUGACCUUAGUCCAAGUAAUAUCUUGAUUGAUGAUUCAUUAGGAUAUAUUCACAUGUUUAUUAGUGAUUUUGGUUGUGCACAUCAUUCCUUCAUGUCAAAAGAAGACGACAAAAAGAGAGAUCUUGGAAUAAAUGAUGAUGAUGAUGUUGUUGUUGUCGUUGGUAAAAGAUAUUAUAAAGCACCAGAGCAUUUAUUUGGAUCAAAAAAAUAUGCUCCCUCCACAGAUAUUUGGUCUUUAGGAGUCAUAUUUUUAGAGAUACUUAUCGGAUACCCUAUCUUUGCUGGUGAAACAGAUAUUGAGCAAAUUGGUAAAAUUGUCUUUAGACUAGGAAUUCCAUCAAACAAAGUACAAAAUAAUGAAAUGUCAAGCUAUCCAGAUAUAAAUAAGCUGAAUUUCUUUUUUACAACAGAUGAAGAAGAAAUUGGUACAAAAGAAGAAUAUAGAAAGUCAUUACAGCAGGUUAUGGAUGAAGAACGAUUGUCUAAAGAGAUUCAAGAUAUUAUUAAGAAUACAUUAACUUGGUCUAUCAAAGAUAGAUGGACUAUUUUAUCAUGUAAAAAGAAUAAUAUAAACUGACU